AUGGGUAGCACAAAUGACGCCGUCCCGCAGGACCGUCCGCGAGAGCUCAAAAUGCACGACUGUCUCAUUGAAGUGACCAAUCGCGAAAGCGGCCAGUCAGCUGUAUUUUGGCUUGGGGGCUACGUGAGAAGUGAAAUGCGCAUCAACCCAGAUGGUAGACUUGAUCCCGCCAAACUGAGCUACGAAGCAUUCGAACAUGAUCUGAUGGACCACUUCGACUACGACUCCGAUGAAGAAGAACUCCGAUGGGAUCGUACCAGCGCUUUCAAGUCCGCAGGCUACCCCGGCGAGUCUUCAGUCUUUUUAGUCAGGACCUACAACACCUGGGUUGCCGCUCUUCUGGCCAUGGAAAAAGCCUCCCUGGGCCGUGUCAACUCGGAUGCGCAGCCUGCCUCCACUGUUGUUUCUACCACCAUCACGGCUCGCUUAACUAUUGUUAGGAGAGGUACGUAA